CACUUCGGACUCGCAGCAGGACGACAGAGUGAACAGGGGACUUUGAUGCAAUGAGGAUCACCUGUGCCUGGAGGUUAGUGAAGUUACUCACCGUCUCAGCCGUGUUUGUCCUCUCUGCUCAGAUCCUGGUGAGCAGAGUAACACUGGGCAAUCAUCCGUCAAAGCCAAGUCCCCUUCCUGUGGAGGAGUACAGGGUCAUAUCCCCUGAAACCUACCAGUAUAUUUUCAACCAGCCUACUGUAUGCAAAGACAGAAGCCCCUUCCUGGUUUUUAUGGUCCCAGUUGCCCCUCUAGAGGUUGCAGCAAGGGAGGCUGUGAGGAAAACAUGGGGUGCUCCAAGCCAGGAUAUCCUCACUCUGUUCUACAUGGGGCUCCCGGAGGGGCGGCAGGUGUCAAGCAUCCAGGACAUGCUGGAGGAGGAGAGUAGGAAACAGGCAGACAUCAUCCAGAUGGACUUCCAGGACAGCUACCAGAACUUGACCAUCAAGACCAUGAUGAUGAUGAACUGGCUGGUGACCUACUGUCCAAACACCUCCUACGCCAUGAAGGUGGAUGCUGACAUCUUUGUGAAUGUGUUCUACCUCAUCAGACGGCUGAGGAGCUCCCCGAGACAGGACUUCAUCACAGGCUCCGUGAUAAAUGACGGCAGGCCGAGGAGGGACAUUAACAGCAAAUGGCAUGUGUCAGAGCAGCUGUACCCAGAGGACAGCUUUCCCUGGUAUGUGUCUGGAGCUGGGUAUGUCUUUUCUGCAGACCUGGCCGCCAGGAUCUCCUGGGCAUCCAGGUAUGUCCGGAUGAUCCCCCUAGAGGAUGUCUAUGUAGGGUUGUGUCUGCGCGUGCUGGGGGUCCGGCCCGUGUACUCCCGCAGCCUGCUGACCCUCAGGAACCUGUUUGAAAUCAGAACGCUGGAGUACGACAGGUGCACUUUUGCCAAACUGGUCAUUGUCAAUCGAUAUAAUCCAUCACAACUGAUGCACAUUUGGCAAGACUUUUCCAAAGGACAUAGUAGUUGCUGACAAAGAUUACCAAAUAAUGAAAUAUGUAGCCUGCUGUAAGGGAAAGAAAGCCAUAUAGACACACAGCCAUACGGGUGGAUGAAGUGAGUUUAGGUGUAUUGGCAAACAUAAAGUCUGGAAAGGAAAUUAUAAUAAUUAUCAGGGAAUUUAACAACUGGGACACUUUCCAGUGAUAUAAAAAUGCAGUUCUGAAACAAUAGUAGUCAAUAAGAAAAGAAAAUCAAUUGACAAAAGAUUCUGAUAAUCGAUUAAUCCUUUAAAUCAGUGGCUCCCAACGUGGGGAUCUUGACCAUACCAUGGCUCCUGAGGCAGGAGUUUUUUUUUCACAGAGGACAUUUUGACAUGUGACAAUAAGAAAAGCACCGGUGUAAUUAAUAAAUCAAUGAUGGCUGGAUUCCAUUUAGCUGCCUCAGUUUCAGGGUACUGGUGUUGUACAUACUGGCUCAUGUUAUAGACCAGUGCCAUUGGAUCAGUAACUCCUGUGCUUUUCCUACAAGAAAGAAAAUGCCUUAUCUUUUUUUUUUUUCUUUAAUCUUUUUUAUUGCAAAACACCAGUUUUACCUCCCCAAGCCUCUAAAGCCAAUCAUAUCAAAUAAUCAGAGAAGGUAACAUUACUCUUUAAUUAAACUGCUCACAAAUCAAAGAAUAUGAUUUAUUGAUUUAACAUUAAAUGUUAAACAUUAAAUUAAGGGUAAAGCAGGUACAGCCUAGUUUUUAAGGGCCCCAAGCUAAAAAGGUUGAGGACCAAUUCAGUCCUCAAGCAAAAAUGCUGAAAACUUGUUGCUUCUUAUGUGAGAACUUGAAUCUUUUCUGUCUUGUAUAUCAACAUUAACGGAAUAUGUUUGGUUUUUGGACAGUUGGUUGGAUAAAACUGGAAACCAUAGGCUCUGAGAAAUUGUGGGCAUUAACAACUAAUUUCUGAUAUAUUGCAAAGACUAAAUGAUUAAUUUAAACUUUAAACUAAAUUAAACUGCCUGUAAGUAACUCCUGAUUAUAUUGUUUAUUAUUUGAUGAAUUUUGGAAAAAAGCCCAUCCAAGGUGACAUCGUCACAUGUCUCGUUUUGUCCAACCAACACAACAAACCAAAGACAAGCAGCAAAGCUGACCAGACAGGAAGCAACAUUCUUUCUUUCUUUCAUUCUUUCUCUCUCUCUCUCUCUCUCUCUCUCUCUCUGUCUUUUUUUCAGUCCUUUAAAGAGACAGAUAUUUACUGCUGGAAGUCAUGGUGCUUUAACUUCUUUAUCCAAAGUGCCGGAACAGUCAUUUCAUUUGAACCCCUGUAGGGGCUAAAUGACAUAGUGUAUUCUCAGAAUUUGGAGUUUACGCCAAAGACUAUUUGAUAAAAGAUCCAUUUUACUGCCAUUACACUCAUUCUUCAAUUAGUGCCUGAUAGAUUUUCAGCCCCACGUACGUGUACAGCACAUGUACCGUAAAUCACAUGGAGUCACAUCACCCAGCAAACACUGUUAAAAAACAAAUCUAUAAGAUCUACUUGCUACAUUGCACUGCGACUAUGUAAUGCAAAGAGCUUCAUAUAAUGUAAACAUUGCUGAACAAUCUGCAUCUUAUUUGUCAGGUUAGUGUGCCUUCUUAUUUACAGUAUGUAUUUCAUGACAGUGUGCCUCCUUAUGUGUGUGUUGUAGUUACACAUGACAACCAGCUGGUGGCAGUAUGUGUCAGCAGAUGACACAUUUGAUAAUGCAGAUGUAUAUUGAUGUUGAUUUAGUGCCUAAUGCAGAUAGACUAUGACCUCUAGACAGCGAUAGUUAUUUAUAAAUUAUAAGAAUUUUUGCUCUUUUUUCUUUCACCUAUUUCCUUUUAAGUUACAACAGUGUGACAGUGCUGACUGUGAUACACUGUGCACCAAAAUGCCUCAUACAUUUACAGUAUACCCUAUCAUUGGAUCUUGGAGUUAAUGAGAACACAUGGAUAACUGAAUGCAGUGUAUUUGUCAGUGAGUCAGUUCAUUCUAAUUUAUAAGUAAUUCAGUAAUUCAAGGAACUGUUCAAUCACUGUUUAUUACUGCUGCUAAUGUUUUGAGAGUUUUAGUGUAUUGUGCUGGAGUGAAUGCUAAAUAUAAAGUGAUGGAAUUAUUCAGAGAUAAUAAAAAGCAAUAAUACAAUAUUAAUUGUUAAUUGUAAUAACACUUGACUAACAUUCAGUGCAGUAUUAUGAGCAAAAUGUACUUCAAGUUUCAAAAAUUAAAGUACUUGUUAUGUAAACUGACUCUUUUUAUAGCGUUGAAGAGCGUCAAAGUCCUGAAAGAUGAAGAUGAAUUCUUUAGGAGAUGUUGUGUAGUUCAAAGACUCUGCACCGCCAUGGUCUACCCCUACAGGUGUGCUCACUUUCUGUGCCUUAUUAGACCUUUAAAUUAGGACGGUGUGGACAUCCACACAGGUUUUAUUGACACCUCUCUAACUUGGUAGUUUUUUUGCAGGACAAGUUACAACUUGAUCAUUUUUAUUUCUCAGUUUCUAUUUUUUUCUUUUGAAUGAAAAAUACAGUUUGCUCCUCGCUAACAGCACUCUGUAAGUUAAUAUCUGCAGACUAAAAGAAAUACAUUGUACACAUUGUUGGUGAAAACCUAACCUGUUUUGUUUGUUUGUAUUGUGAAGAAUGGGACAGUACUGAUGAAUAAAAUAAGACAGUAGAAAAGAAUAAAACAAGCAAACAUUGGUGCACAAAUCCCGGCUGUUCCCACCUCUAACCAGCCAACUGCCAACACCUGUGUGGCUGUGCAGGGCCUUUAACACAAUGCCCUCAUCUUUACGAAAUACUAAAAGUACAUGCAGUAAAGUACCAUUAACUCAAAAUAUAUCAAAAUUGUAUUUAAGUGCUGUACUUGAAUAAACUUCAAGUACGUUGUUCCAGUACUUUACACCACUGGACAUAUUGAGAUUUAUGGGACACAAGGAUGCAGACCAAAAUGAGAAUAUGGACAUUGUAAAAAUUCUAUUGAUAAGAAUAUGAUUGAGGAAAAUUGUAGUAGAAAGAAGCUCUGGUAAUUAUGUUAGUCCAUUAGUGCUACACUGUUAUUAUAGAGUACUGCAAAAGGUGUUUUAAAAGCCCUACCGUUCCAAUCCUAAUUGAUAGAGUUGACUGACCUUUUUUUUUGCAGAUGUUUACUGAUUUUCCAGAAUAAAACAGCACACAACACUUUCAAGAGUCUAAUGCAGAGUGGAGUUUUUCUUCUUUAAGCUUCCUUGAGGGAGUAUUUUUAACAUAGUCUUUCUCAACCGGUCUAAGUUUGGAUUCUACGAUCUACCUUUGUUCAGCUUACCUUGGCCAUUUGUUGAAUGUGUAACACAUGAUGAUGAGCAGUAAUGGAUCAUCUGUAGAUGAUCAGUUAAUAUUGAUUUCUAAUUUAAAAAAUGCCUUUUGCAUAUGAAAUCAACAGAUUGGAUCCUGGUGAACUAGAGAGAGGAGAAGGGAGCAGCAUUAGAUGCUGUGCAAUGACUGGCCUGCUGGCUGAUGCCUGCAGCCAGUGAGAGGACUCUGACAUAGCGAUUCACCAGUGUGGCCGACCGUCAGCAGAUGGCUGCCUCACUGCAAACUUGUAUCACCGACGGCAGUCUCGCUUCUCCAAACCACAGCUAAGGUCUGCAGGGAGCAGCAGAAGCUGCAAACACAAUAUUAACAGUUAUGGCUGUGCCUAUUUUCACAUCCAGCAGACACAGAGGAAAAUUAUUAUUUAUUGGAUCUUUAGUCUUUGUCCCCCUGUUCAAUAUUCAGCUCAGCUGUUUUGGUUUCUACCAGCUCCUGAGACAAGAUCCAGCUCUUUAGCUGCUGUUGCUGCUGUUUGGUAGUGGGCAGGUAGUGCAGGAUGUGUUUUUAGUGCUUUUUUGCAGUAAGCCACUUGCUGUUCCUGGAAAUAAGGUUGAUGAGUGACAUGAAACUCAACCAAAACAUUAAAGUCACCCAUUUCACAUUCCACAGUCAUUUCACUGACACAUAUUGAUUAGUGCAGCUUAAAUGGCUGCUCACAAAUAAUAAUACUGGGUGUUUCACUGCCACCAUCUGACAAAGAGAAGAGCUGGAUGAAAACAGCCUUUUGACACUCGAUUUCCAGAAAGGCAUUGUGUCAAUAAAUUAUCAUGAUAUAACCCUAGUUAUCAUCUGGGAUUUAAUUUAUUUUAAUGUUGUUGUAACGCUGAUGUAGUCUCUUUUCCUGUCUUCUUUUUUCAGUUAACUGUAGUCAAAGUGUAUAACUUGACAGCACUGGAAAGCACGUAGCUGCUUUGUAGUUGAAUAACUGUAUUAUGACAUUAAUGGAAUAUUGCACAUAUACACACGUAAAGGUUCAGAGUGACUUCCCAAGGCUCCGACAGAGCCACAGAGGACACUAUACAACUGUUCUCUCAGGCUGGGCUCACUCCACAUUAUGAGUAACUGAUCUUCAUGAGUAAAAUCACUGGAUUUCCCCUGUAACUAUAGGAUUCAGUGAGAACUUGACUUGCUACAGUAUGUUCUAUAAUUAAUUUCAAUUAUGUUUUAAGUACUGACUAAAUACUAAAUACAUUGAGAUGACCUGGCCUCCACAGUCAGCGUACCUGAACCCAAUUGAGAUGGUUUGGGGAGAGCUGGACUGCAGAGUGAAGGCAAAGGGGCCAACAAGUGCUAAACACCUCUGAGAACUCCUUCAAGACUGUUGGAAAACCAUUUCAGGUGACGAAGCUCAUCGAGAGAAUGCCAAGAGUGUGCAAAGCAGUAAUAAGAGCAAAGGGAGACUAUUUUGAAGAAGCUAGAAUAUAAAACAUGUUUUCAGUUAUUUCACCUUUUUUUGUUAAGAACAUAACUCCACAUGUGUUCAUACAUGGUUUUGAUGCUUUCAGUGAGAAUCUACAAUGUAAACAGUCAUGAAAAUAAAGAAAACACAUUGAAUGAGAAGGUGUGUCCAAACUUUUGGCCUGUACUGUAUGUUCAAAACUUUCCCACAUAUCUGUGCUGUUGAAUGAUUUUUAGAUUUGGUUAUAACUGAUUAAAAUGUUGAUCAAAUUUAAAUAGAAUUUAAGAUCAAAAGUUAAAUACUCUAAAUAAUUCUUGAAAACAAAAAGCUUAGGCUCCAAACAACCCAUGACAGUCAAAAUCACAAGAAAUCCCAUCUUCAACUUAAAAGACGACUCUUUCAUUGAGUGUUUUUGAAAGCAGAUCAGUGCUCUGUGCUAACAUCAGCUGAAAGUGUUCUGGGAAUGUGAAACUUACUUGGUUUCAAGCCUUUUUGAGAAAAAAUGUCCGUAGAGCAGAUCUCCUCCUUUUCUCUUUAUACUCCUUCAUGGUUCUCAUCUGUGUGUAGUUUCUUCUUCUCUCUGUGUUAUGGCAGAUUGCAACCAUUGCAGGUGAAGUUAUUUACUACUGCCACCCACUUUACCUGAGGUAUUGUUGUGUCUAUGAGUCGCCUUCUAGUGGUUCAUCAAAAUAAAAGAGGGGGGCAUGUUCCCUGCACCCUUGA